GUGUCCUUGCCUGGCUUCGGGGACAAGUCGUUCGAGCUCUCCGUCUUCCUGCUCGCCGUGCUCGUGGUGGGCCUCGUCAAGACCUACCUGCUCUCUGGGGCGCCGAAGAGCGCCGCCAAGAAGGCGCAGCGAGUGCGCGUUGUGACGCUCAACGGCGAAGGCACGCCGCUCAUGGCGAACCUGGGUUUUACCACCAUCCGGUGCGAGGCCGCCGAGAGCUUGCCCGACGGUGUCUUCUACGGCAUGCUCGGCGACGUUCACCCUGUGUGUGGCUCGCGCCACCAGGAUGACAGCCGCAUGUGCGAGCUGAUGCUGCUGUCGCACCCUCCGCCCCUGAACUCGGACGAGCACCCUGGCCAGCAGGCCACAAAGGAGGGCGUCCCGUUCAUCCCGACCAAGUCGCUUACAGUCCUUGGCCACGUUCGAGACAGGCUGCCGCGCUGCGACCUCACGCCCGACCAGUUCAUGAGCGACCUGGCCAAG